GACAAAGCUCGUGUGCUGUUCGAGUCUGCCAUGUUUUGUCCUAUUUGUCGCGCUUGAUCAACGCAUCCGCGUUUUACUGUUUCAAGCUGGUAUUUUCUGAAUGUGUUACGAGCUGUGCUUUGUUUACUAAUAGUAAUUUGUGGUGUUGUAAUUAUAGUGUUAAAUUCUAGAUCUAUCGAUAAUUUUGCUACCUCUACGACAGUGUAAUUCGUAUUUCACCAAUUUUUAGAUUCAUCAUCUAGCUUGCUGCUGCUUGCAGUUAAAGAAAUUCCGCCGUGGUUUCUAUAACAUUUGCAUUUACCACAGUGUGUCUACAUUUAGUAGAAUUUGCCUAUGACGCAACCCACGUGCACAUAAUACAGCGAGAAUCUCAUGCACAUUUGUUAUUAUUUUGUUCGUGCGUUCGAUUUGUCGAGUAGGUACUUAGUCGGCAUCGGUUCGACGAAGUGAAAUCGCGUCCGCGCUCGGAGCAUUGUCUCGUCGGACAGUCCGAUUACGUAUUGAAAUAUUGACUGUGAUUAUCUGAGUGAAUUAUUCUGUUUGGUGUGGCAUUCGGUUUGUGCAAAGUGCACAGCACACGUGACUCAAGCACGGGACGACUGUUUGGGUGUCAGUCGGUUGCGGUCCGCGAACGCACGCCACAGUCCGCUGCAGUGCGAAGCGCGCGACUUUCGAGGUGAAUCACCGCUCCCGUGUGAUCGUGCUUGUUUACCUACGAGUGCAUAAGUGCGUGUAUUUUUAGCGGAAGUGUAAGGCAUGUGCGUUGUUUCCCGCCGAUGACAUCGCCGGCUACGGCGGCGUUUCCGAUCGCGAGUGUGUGCUAGUUAUGCUCCUUGGGUUAUGAGUGUGUGACAAAAUAAUAGUGUAAGGAACCUGGAGCCCCUAGACGGAGUUGGGCCCGCCGGGGCGGCCCUGGUGCUUCUCGGGGCUCCGCACGAAGGCAAAAUGGCUGCGUGGAAUCGCCACCACCACUUUAACAUGCUGAUGGAUGAGAAUGCCAAAAAUAAAUUGGGCGUGGUGGGCGGCGGUAUGCCCGAGGCGUCCAGCGCCGACAGGCGGCACGGUCCCCUCUACGGGCGGCUGGUCGCCGAAGACCAACUGGCCUCGAUGAGCGCGCCCUCAGACAUUCAGGUGAGCGCGACCACGCGCAACCCCCGAGCUUUCUGCCGCUACCCUACCUCCGCACAGGCUAUGCAAGCCCGAAUACCCCACCACUUUCGUGACCCAUCGACUGCGCCACUUAGAAAGCUGAGUGUAGACCUCAUCAAAACCUACAAACACAUAAACGAGGUGUACUACGCGAAGAAGAAGCGGAGAGCGCAACAGUACCUGGGCGAGGAUGGGUCGCACAAAAAGGAGAGGAAACUGUACAACGACGGGUACGACGAUGACAACCACGACUACAUCAUCAAGCAGGGUGAGAAGUUCCUCGACCGGUACGAGAUAUCCUCGCCGAUCGGCAAAGGAUCCUUCGGACAGGUUGUGAAGGCGUAUGACCACGAGGAGCAAUGUCAAGUAGCGAUUAAAAUAAUUAAGAAUAAGAAACCCUUCCUAAAUCAGGCACAAAUAGAAGUCAAGUUACUAGAAAUGAUGAACAGAGCGGACGCAGAAAAUAAGUAUUAUAUAGUGAAACUGAAGCGUCACUUCAUGUGGCGGAACCACCUGUGCCUAGUGUUCGAGCUGCUCUCGUACAACCUGUACGACCUGCUGAGGAACACCAACUUCAGGGGCGUGUCGCUGAACCUCACGAGGAAGUUCGCCCAGCAGCUGUGCACGGCGCUGCUGUUCCUUAGUCAACCUGAACUUAAUAUAAUUCACUGUGAUCUUAAGCCUGAGAAUAUUUUACUAUGCAAUCCGAAAAGGUCGGCCAUUAAAAUAGUGGACUUCGGCAGUUCAUGUCAACUAGGUCAAAGGAUAUACCAAUACAUACAGUCAAGGUUUUACCGCUCACCAGAAGUGCUCCUGGGCAUUCCGUACGACCUGGCAAUAGACAUGUGGUCGCUCGGCUGCAUACUGGUGGAGAUGCACACGGGGGAACCACUGUUCAGCGGUUCUAACGAGCAGGACCAGAUGAACAAGAUCGUCGAAGUCCUGGGAAUGCCGCCUGACCAUUUACUGGACCAGGCUCACAAAACCAGAAAGUUCUUCGACAAACUACCAGCGUCAGAGGGCGGAGGUUACGUGCUUAAGAAAGUGAAUAAUACGGGGAAAGAUGGAGUCGUGGCCCGCAAGUACCGCGUGGCGGGCUCGCGGCGGCUGCACGACAUCCUGGGCGUGGAGGGCGGCGGGCCGGCCGCGCGCCGCCGCGGGGAGCCCGGACACUCCGUCUCCGACUACCUCAAGUUCAAGGACCUGAUCAUGCGCAUGCUCGAGUACGACCCGAAGAAGCGUGUGACGCCGUACUACGCGCUACAGCACAACUUCUUCAAGCGCACAGCGGACGAGAGCACCAACACCCAACAGCAACAUUCUCAUGCAGUGGGUGGCGGCGCCGCGCCCGUGGGCCGCCUGUGGGGCGCCAGCGAGCGCAUGGAGGUGGAGGCGGCGCGCCGCGACGACGACCUGCUGCCGCAGCCCGCCGUCUGCCCGCUCGCGCACAGCCCCGUCGCCAUACACUAGUGCGGGCAGUGCGGGCGCAGUGCGGGGACAGUGCGGGGACAGCGCGGGACAGUGCGGGGACAGUGCGGGGACAGUGCGGGGACAGUGUGGGGACAGUGCUCAAACGUGUUGUGUGUGUGACUACCGACUGAAGUGUUUAGUCAAUUCGUGUGAUGUUUUGUCGUGACGCCGAAGACACUAGUGUAAGUAUAAAACAAACGCUCUAUGUUUAAAAGUGAAGUAGACUAGUGGAGACUCAAAGACCCUCGGUGGACUGGGACUCUAGCGCGAUCUGUGGCAGGACUCGAACUGAAUCCAAUAUUUAUAAUACUAUUUUUAUUUAAUGCGAUAAGUCUGACUGUAAAAAUACUAUGAGGACGAUUUGUUACUUUGUAACAUGUAUUAUUUGAACUUAACCGCUUCGAUCGACAGUACUUAGAGAAUGAUCCCGAUGACUGCAUACGAGUCUUAUCACCAAUCCGGAUGCAUAAAGGGCAUGAAAGCUAGGUUUUUUUAUUGUUACGCAAUGCAUAUCAAGAACGCAAUAUGGUAGAAAAUAAAUAUUGUAUAUAUAUUAGGAAAACUGACUACUAAUGGACAGACUGCAAUUUAAACUGGAUAAUCUAGUGUUUAGUUCGAUCUAUGCUAGUUAGGCUUUCAUUCAGUUUUUAUUAUCGCAAGCUUUAUAUUUUUAAAAGUGUCGGCAACUGAUGACUGAAAUUCAAAGGGCCAAUGACAAUUUGUUUUUACACAAACAAAACAAAAUAGAUUUAAGUAUGUUUUUUAAUGCACAAACAGUUUGACAGUGGAGAUAAUUAUUUGACUGAUUUGUUUCAAUUUAAUGUCCGAAUAUAAUUUGAUACUCCUCGCCUUUCAGAAUUGUAUUAUAUGUAAAAUUAUCUGUCUCACCGCCGUACUUGUGACUCGCGUCUGAAGUACCAUAUUGAAUCAUGUGUAUAGGUUUAUUUGACCCGUUGGAUUAUUCACACGUGUAAAACAGAAUAGUGUAUAGGUAAUUCUAUAAAAAAAAAAACACAAAAUGUACUUGUAGGUUACGAGAAUGUUGAAUCAUAUAUAAAAAUUUUUGGGUAUUUCAGAUAGAAGUUAAUAAAUUUGAAUAACUGACUUGUUCAACCUUUUUGGAUUUGAAUCUACAAUAGAGAAACCUCAUUGCAACAGACUGGACGAAACUUUGUAUCGGAGAUAUUUUGUAUAGCAUUAACUGAACACUGCCUUAUUGUGCCGGAAAUUUUUAUGAAGAAGGCUCGGCACUCAUGCCUCAUUUUUGUUCUUUAUUUUGUUUGAUCGCUUUUAUGCGGCUUUUAAAAAGGCUUAUACAGCCAAUGUGCAAGCGGUAAAAAUCGUAUGAGCGUCAUCAAAAUAUGGUCGGGAAAAAUGAUUGAUAAAUAACGUAAGUUCUCGGCAGAUGACAGUAUAUUAUACAUGUGUAAAAAAAUAAACUUUAACAGCAUACUUGCUAGUGUUAUUUUAUGUGAUCGUAAUGUUUCGUGAGUGCCGAGCCCGGGAUUCGGUCGCGUUGAUUCGAGCGGGUUAUUAGCGAAAUAUAAUAAUUUAGAAUUGUUUUUAGUUAAUUAUUGACUGAGACUCGCCCGAAUCUGCGCGGGCGACGAUACGACGCAACCAAAAGCAGAUAAUAUACUGACUGCAUAACGUUGCUGAUUUUAUUAUAUAAAAAUGGAAAAAAAAACCACUAUUAAUUUAGUUAUCCUAAAAUGUUUGUAUGGUACUGGCGAUUUGUGUUACAUGAAGCAUUAAAGUAUUUCUCAAGUUUUAUUUCAUAUAUAGUGCUGUAAUAGUUUAAACCGUUUCAUUGUAGAUUUGAAACUAUUUCUAAUCUUGCUGUUAUGUACUAUAAAUUUUCAAAUAACUGUAUAAUAUUUAUACUAUAAUACUUUUCUGCUUCAUGAGAUUAUAGGAUUGUUAGAAAGAGUAUAAGAAAAUACAUAGGUAUGGGAAUCGUGUUUAUUUUAUCUUAAAGCAAUAAAAGAAAUUGUAUCAAAAUAGUGCAGAUUUCCAAGUGAAUACAAAACUGCUUUUGUAUUAUAUUGAUGAAAAGACAUUGCAAUUAUAUAUUAUAUAUUUUUAUUUUGAGAAUAUUUAAUUUUUUGUUCUGAUUUGAUUUUGUUUUGUGACAUUGAUGGGAAUCUGCUGCUCACUAUUAUUGUAAACAGUUUGGGAGAUUGAGUGAUAAUAAACACAAAUAAAACACCAACCUAUUUGAAUAGUUGAUAAUGAAACAAUUACUCAAGGUGGCCCUAGCUAUGUGCGCUGGAGCAUGAAAGGUGGACGUCGAAUUGUCUGUCUAGUGCUAUAGCAAAGAUUAUAUAAAAAAUGGUUUUGUUAUUCAGGCGUAGUUUUUUUUUUAAUUAAGUUUUAUUUCCCCUCCAUUUAUUUCUUGUAUUGACUAUUGCAAGUUAGAUCCUUGAUCCUUUUGUGAAAUGUAACUAAAAACAAGAAAUAAUAAGGAAAUGUAAAAAGUUAAGGCAGAAAUAUGUGUAAGUAUAUAGCAUUUCUAUACCAAAAUGUCAUUGUAAAAAAGAAUGUUUAAAAAUAAUAAUCAGAUACCAUUUUGUAUAUUAUGUAAAUAAUUUUUUUAAAGACAAUUUGUAGUUAGAUAUAGCCAAUUUACCCAUGUCAUACCAAGAGUGUAAAGUUUUUUCUGCUUAAUUUCAAAAUGGCGUAAUAAAGUAUUAUAACCAUUUUUUUGGUAUUUGGCGGGGUCUAGUUAAUUCAACCACUACAAAAAUUAUUCGGGCCAUAGUUGACAAAAUUCUAACGAACAGCCAGACAGCUCAUUCGACGUCCACCAGUAUACACUAUACUUAUUUAUUUAUACUGUGACAGGAUGUAAUAAGUGAAGAGGAAGGGAUGGGCAUGUGCGCGAUAUAACUUUAUUUCCUAUCGGAUUGUCAGUUCGCAGGCACUGUAACAAUAAAAGGAUAGAGCUUUAUGUCACUAAGUUUUGUAUUUUAAAUCAAUAAACUAUAGCAAUGA